AGGUAUCCUUUAUAGACUCAUGGCUAUUGUCACGCAACCCAAUAAAGAGGAUACUACUUCGGUUAAUGAAGAAAUCUAACGCUGAUGGAAGGAAGACUGUGCUUCAAAGGCAGAUUGUUUAUUCAUUUGGAGACAAUUAUUACUUCAGAAAAGAGCUUAAAAUAUUGAACCUUCUCACUGGGUAUAUAUUCUUGCUCGACAAAUUUGGCAGAAUACGGUGGCAAGGUUUUGGUUUGGCAGCACAAGAAGAGCUGUCGUCACUACUGUCCUGCACAUCACUUUUAUUAGGAGAGAAAUAACAAGGACAAGGUAUUUUGCUUAGCACUUCGAUUGAUGGUUUUGUCUGUCUUCAACAUUUUCAUUCUUUUUUUAGUUUUUCACUCUUACUUUUCCUUCAUUUUUGGAGUAGAUUCUCAAAAUUUUCAAUUUUGUCAUUGUAUUUUCUUAUUAUAUGUGGCUCUCCCACUGUUUUAAUAUUUUAGAUUUCCC